AUGCCACCGGAUCUGAAUUCCCUUCCUCUGUCCCGCUCGUCUUCAACCUCCUCCUCGAUUCCGCAACGUAAUAUGCCCGCUCCUGGAACCGGUCCGGCCCCCGUGAACCCGAACACCGCUUCACCAAGGCCUUCCCGUGGCUCAAGCAUAGGUCGACUAUCGGUAUCCGAGCGACGUCGGUCCGCUGCUGGCAUGAACCUAAACCUGAACGAUAUGCAGGGCACUAGUCCAGGAACUAGCAGCGAGCUACCUGUAUCAGACCACCGCGAUCAUCGCAGCUCGAUCGGACAUGCAUUCCGCACAGCCAGCCCAUCCAGCCAUGGCGGAAGCCCCAUCUUCGCAACCGCUGAUCCGCACCAUCAGCGCGCACCAUCGUUAGGAGAGCUACACCAAGAGCUGGAGCAAGAACAGGAAGCACAAGUGCCAGCAAGCCCAAUUGCAUCAAUACCAACAGCAACAGAAUCCGCAAUCAACCGCUGCCAUCGACGACACAACCCCGGCAUCGGAACGGUCGGCUUUCUUCCCCCCGGCCCGGCAGCACCUCCAGCUGGGAACAGAUUAUCGAUCUCUUCUUCAUUCUCAAACCGCCGAAACUCGCGACCUUCAAGUCAAGCGACGUCACCGAACCUGCGGCCGCUAGACUCACGUGGACCGGAGGGCGUGGAGCCAUUCCCGGGGUUGCGGGAUAGUCUCUCUCGGCGCGGGAGCCGGGACGAGAGUGCCUUUUACCAGGCCGAAGCGAGCUCACUAGCCCGAGAAAACGUGCUCCUUCGGCAACGGAUCCGGGAACUAGAGAGACAAAUCGGUGGCUUAACGACUUCCCAGAGUGCGUCGUCUGCAACAACUACAUCGGGUAUUGCGUCCGGGCAAGCGGGGACCGAAACCGCGGACCCGCCUGCCGUGGGUUCAGCGCCAGACGGCAAAGACUGAAAAAG